GGUGCAUCUACAUUGGAACAAGCCAUGGAAUUGUCACAUCAAUUGCUCACCACUUUGAAUAAAGGAUGUUUUGAAUUAAGGAAGUGGAUGUCCAAUUCCCCUGAGUUACUGAAUUCACUACCAUCCAAUUUGCUAGAAACUUCCAUUGUUAAACCAAUUUCAGAUCCUGAUAAUGGAAUAACCAAAGCUCUAGGUUUACUGUGGAAUUCCAAUUCUGAUAGUCUAUCCAUCUGUUCUAACAUUGAUAAAAUUUCUGAAAAGACUUCAUUCACAAAGCGUGAGUUUCUGUCAGUUAUUGCUUCAACUUUUGAUCCACUUGGAAUCAUUAGUCCCAUCAUAAUCCUUCCAAAAAUCUUAUUUCAAAAUUUAUGGCUUGCAAAAAUUGAUUGGGAUGAUAGUCUGCCCAAUGACAUGCUACUGAAGUGGUUGCAGAUCAUACAAGAACUAUCCAAAAUUUCAAGCAUUUCAAUACCACGUUGUGUAGUAUCAAAAGAUCAAUGUUCCAUAGUUGAACUUCAUGGUUUUUCUGAUUCUAGCGCUACUGCUUAUGGAGCUUAUGUGUAUGUACGCACCAUCCAAAAUAAUGUUGUUCAAACUCAUCUUCUUUGUGGAAAAUCACGUGUUGCACCUCUCAAGCCUGUCUCCAUUCCAAAUUUGGAACUUUGUGGUGCCUUAGUAUUAUCACGACUCAUUAACAAAGUUGUAAGUGCUUUGAAUUCUCUUGAUUUGACUAUUUCAGGUGUUUUUCUCUGGUCAGAUUCUCAAAUUGUCUGCAAGUGGUUGCAGUCUCCUCCUGACAGAAAGUCAAUUUUUGUUUCAUUGAGAGUAGGUGAAAUCCAAGAAUCUACCUCACAGUAUGUCUGGAACUAUGUGAAAUCAUCUCACAAUCCAGCUGAUUUAAUUUCUCGUGGCAUGAUUCCUAGUGAAUUAGCAAACAACAAACUCUGGUGGCAUGGUCCCCCAUGGUUGGCUGAUCCAACUGAUAGUUGGAGGUCAUUCUCUUCUCAUGUAGCUAUUCUAGCUCCCAAUACAGUUCUUGUAAAUACUGCAGUUGUUUCACCUUUAUCCAUUAUUUCUGAAUGUGUUUCCAAUAGUUUUAAAAUUAUUCGUGUCACUGCUUAUGUUCUGCGUUUUUUGCAUAACAUUCGUCAGAAAGUUGCUGAUUGCCGUACUGACGCCCUUUCAGUUGAUGAAAUUGAAGAUGCUGAAAUUCAUCUAUUGAAGACCAUUCAAGCUGAAGCAUUCCACAAGGAGUUGGAAAUUUUACGUGCAAAUGAUGAGUUGAAUGCCUCCAUUCUUGAAGUGUACGUGGUUUAUGCUGGUAAACACGUGACUUCAGGAAACCCCACAAGAAGUAGUCGCACAUGGACAGGUCUGGAGAACGAGGAGGCCAAUCAAUGUCACCAAACUGAGAAAUGA